AAAACAUACGCCACUUCCGGCGUCUAGCCGGUCGAGGCCGGGUGGCAGUUGGGGGAGGUCUCGGGCGCUCCAGCUGCCAACCGUGAGCGAGCUGUCCGCGCUCGGGCCCCGGAUACGGCGUGCGUGCUCGCUGGGCGGGAGCGGAAGCGGAAGCGCUCGCCUCAGGCUUGCGACGCGGCCAAGACUGCGUUCUCCGCCGGUCAAGGCUGGAGUCAUCUGUGUGGAGCAUUCACCCUCCCGGGGCACGGCAGGCCGCUUUCCUGAAAGCAGAUAUUUCCAUCUAAAUUCACCUGUGUCAGCGUGUUAUGAUGCCGUCUCGUACCAACCUGGCUACUGGAAUUCCCAGUAGCAAAGUGAAAUACUCAAGACUCGCUAGUACGGAUGAUGGCUACAUUGACCUUCAGGGAGAAACUCACUGCUAAAGCCAGCAGAUUGUGGGAAUCUUCCUUCUUUCCUGAUGUCAUGAGAUCCAAUUUAUUAAAGUUUAAGAAAAGCCCUCCUAAGAUCCCAUAUAAGGCCAUUGCGCUCGCUACAGUGCUGUUUUUGAUUGGCGCCUUUCUCAUUAUCAUAGGCUCCCUCCUGCUGGCAGGCUAUAUCAGCAAAGGGAUUUUGUUCUCAGAUAACAAGAUGCUUCUUCCUUUGAGCCUCAACAAACUUCUCUCAGAUCCUAUGAGGGGGCAGACCGGGCUGUUCCUGUCCUGAUCAUUGGCAUCCUGGUGUUCCUGCCAGGAUUUUACCACCUGCGCAUCGCCUACUAUGCAUCCAAAGGCUACCGGGGAUACUCCUAUGAUGACAUUCCAGACUUUGAUGACUAGCACCCACCCCAGCACUGAAGAAAAAAGUCACAGAUGGAAAUGAGCCCAGCUUUAAGACAUUGAGCAGAAACUAUGACUAAGGGCUAAGGAGUUCUGCAGUUUGCAGAUGUUUAACAAAACAGUGGCCAGAUUUUAUGGGUCCAUCCUGAAAGAUGUUAACUAAGCUCACAAGUAACUGUCAUUCGGGCAUUCUCUUAUUUUUCAUUUUCUGGCCCUGGCAAAAAGCUCCUGACAAAGUUUUUCUGAAUGAAUAUGCAUCAUGGGAGAGGAGCAGUUAAUUGUAUGGGAAAGUGGGAGGUUAUUCUGUAGUGGAAAGUGUUCUGCCACCACCCUUUUUAGAGUUGAGCAUUCUUUUAAAUAGUCCUCAUGGUCAGAAUGUUCUUAUGGCAAAUGGAAGAAUGCGAUAUGUCAGAUUUCUUAUUACUAAGUAAUUUAUUUUGAAAAUAAGUGUCUUCUCCCCAUACUCUUUAACUUUGUGUUCCAGUGGAAGACCUUGGCACAAUCAAAUAUCAGUGUGGUGCAUCUAUAAUAUUUUUUACUUCCUUUCUUAUUAACAACAACUAGGAAUUUUUUAAACCUCAAAGCAAAUUUUCAAAAUGUAAACACUCUUCUCUGUACACCAAUCCUUGGCCAGCUCUGAUCUGGCCUACUGAUAGGUUGGCCAGCAUAAAAUUUGGAUCAUUCUGUCCUGUGUAGAUCAAAAUGUUCUUAUAUCGUACCUUUAUGGACUAGACUUUUGGCUGCUUCCUAAGGAAAAAAUGUAGACGAAUGGUUAUUAUUUAGAGUUUAUAAUCCCAUUGUUGACACCUUGUAUUAAUGUCAUUCUGCUGAAGAUUUUAAGAAUUGGCCUGGAUCUCUAGAGAACUGGACUGUCUUAGCUUGAUCUGCCUCCUAGCUUGCAAAAAGUGACUUGUAUUCAAAAGAAAUUAAAAUGUCAAAAUCUAAA